CUGCGUUUGGUGUGACGUCACGAUCUGGUGUUCCACGAGGUGGACAAGCAAGUUAACGAAAACAACGAUUUCAUUCCGUCAAAAUAACACAUGGCUUCUCAAAAUGGUCAGGAUUCAAUACCGGAAUCCUGGGAAGAAAGUGGACCCGGACCGGCUGGUAGUGGAGACUCAGUUUCUCAAGUAUCUAAAACAUUUUCAUCUCUAAAUGUGGAGGCACCUGCAUUUGUUCCAGGUCAAAAUGUGUUUGCCCCAGUGUUCGUGCCUUCCACAACCCCAGAUGAAAAUGACGAUACAACAGAAAAUCCUAAUCAACCUACAGUGCCAGAUGAAACGCCCCCUGGAGGAUCAACUCCACAGGAAGCGAUGGAUACAGAUAAUACAGAAGACGUACAGAAGGGACCAUCAGAAACAGUUGCGGAGGAGUGGGAUGGCAAUGAUACGAACAAUGCCGAUGAGGACAUUGAAGAGGAUGAGGAGGACGAUGACGACUCUGGCGUGUCUGCUGCUGCUGAGUCGAGCGUAAAGCCCAAGAAGAAGGCUGUAUGUGAAGAACCAUCGAAAGACAAAAAAGAACACAUAAACGUCGUCUUCAUUGGUCACGUUGAUGCCGGGAAGUCAACAAUUGGGGGUCACCUUUUGUACUUGACCGGCAUGGUUGACAAGAGAACUCUCGAAAAGUAUGAACGAGAAGCUAAAGAAAAGAACAGAGAAACAUGGUAUUUAUCAUGGGCACUUGACACCAACCAGGAAGAGAGAGAUAAAGGAAAGACAGUUGAGGUGGGAAGAGCUUUCUUUGAAACGGAAAAGAAACAUUUCACAGUGCUUGACGCACCGGGUCACAAGAGUUUUGUGCCAAACAUGAUAGGUGGAGCAUCACAAGCGGACAUGGCCAUUUUGGUGAUAUCUGCAAGAAAAGGAGAAUUUGAAACAGGCUUUGAAAGGGGUGGACAGACUCGCGAGCACGCCAUGUUGGUGAAAACUGCUGGUGUAAAACAUUUAGUCGUUCUUGUAAAUAAAAUGGAUGACUCCACAGUUCAAUGGUCAGAAGAAAGGUACACAGAAUGCAAGGAUAAGUUAAUACCAUAUUUAAAAAAUGUUGGCUUCAGACCAAAGACUGAUGUGUUUUUUAUGCCUUGUUCGGGUUUGACGGGAGCUUUUCUCAGAAAUGUACCUGAAGAUGAUUUGUGUCCCUGGUACAGAGGACCAUCAUUAAUAGAAUACCUGGACUCCUUGCCAUCAAUGGACAGGUCAAAAGAUGCACCAAUCAGGUUGCCAAUUGUUGAUAGAUACAAGGAUAUGGGUACAAUUAUUUUGGGCAAAGUUGAGUCAGGGGUUGUUUUUAAAAAUCAGACGCUUCAAAUGAUGCCAAAUAAGGUUGCUGUCAAAGUAAUGCAGAUCUGGUCAGAUGACAAUGAUGUGGAUGAGGCCAGUCCGGGAGAAAACAUCAAAAUGAAGUUGACGGGUGUAGAAGAGGAGGAUGUCACGGCAGGCUUUGUGUUGUGUCCUUUGGAUAACCUGUGUCACACAGGACAUGUCUUUGAUGCUCAGAUAGUAAUAUUAGAACUGAAGUCGAUUAUUUGUGCUGGUUAUAGUUGUGUAUUACAUAUCCACGCGUGUGCAGAGGAAGUCACAAUCAAGAGCUUGUUGUGUAUAUUGGACAAGAAAAGUGGUGAAAAGCUUAAAAUUAAGCCCAGGUUCAUUAAACAGGAUCAGGUUGGCAUUGCGCGGUUUCAGGUUAAUGCGGGCAUGAUUUGUUUAGAGACCUUCAAAGAUUUUCCACAAAUGGGACGAUUCACAUUGCGAGACGAAGGUAAAACCAUAGCAAUUGGAAAGGUGCUGAAGAUCAUUGAAUAAAGCAUUUCUGAACAUUCAUAAGAAUGGUACAUCAAACUUGAACACACUCCAUGGCAUUAUGCAAAUCUUCUGUGAAACUGAAGUGUAAAAUAUGUCUUUCUUCCCAUAACCAUGGUAACAGUUGCGUUGUUGAUCCGCUUUUAUGAGUAAGUGGUGGGGUUUUUUUAAACUAGGGAAAGCAUCAAUUAUUUGUUUUUCUCUCAUAGAGAAAGCCUAAAACGCCAAUUUUCAAGGUGGAGGAAGCCCACGAUCUGACAGAUGACAGUUUUUCUAACAGGACCGAACAAUACAGCAGUGUGGAGUACAGCAGUAUCGUGGUGUACAAUCAAAAUACUACAAACUCUUUAAGAAGUCCAUUCAAGGACAUGCAUAUAUAUACACAUCAGCCCUCGUAAUUUGAUGUAUUUUUCGUGUUGAGGUGUUGCUAAAUAUCAAUUCAUUCAUAAUUCGCAUCGGCAUUAAGCAGUGCUGAUGAAAAAACUUGGGUAAAAUUUGAACUUCAAUUUUAAAAAAAAAAAAAAAAAAAAAUAAUUCUUUUUUUGGUCAAUAAAUCUUGGAUUACAGUUUUUGACAUGAUCUUUGUUAAAAUUUUAGACAGCAUUUUACAGUUGUAAUGCUCAUUACAUUUUAGUCAAAUGUAUUCUCCCUUUCUCUGUUUAAACACACCCCCCCCCCCCCCCCCCCCCCCCCCCAGAGCUGAAUAUUGCUGUCAACCCCUGCAAUUGCCCAUGGCAGUCUGCAAUGCCUUGGAGUUUGUAAUUCUCCACAGCACUUUUUAGUCUUGGACCAUAUUCAUGGGGGUUUUUCAAUGACGUUUUUUUGCCGUGGACGUUUUCUUAAUUGCAGGGUUGUGCUAUGAACCUAUUACUAGUCAAUUGGCAUUUUGAACAAUAAGAAUAUCUUCUGAAUUGCAAGGGCUGUACAUGCACACACUCGCUCACACAUCUGUACACGAAUACAGCAGGCAGGAUGAAUAUAUUGAAGUACCGUACAAGUUACUGACAUUGUCAAUUCUUUGUGCCCAAUAUUGAAAUGGAUGUUCCUGGCAGGAAAACGACUUGUUUUAACCAGUUAGUAAUACAUGUUGCAGUGUGUGUAAAGACACACUUUGCAUAUGUUUCCGUAAAUAAUAGUUUUGUCACAAAUUAAUUUAAUUGAAAUUAUUUGGCAUUUUUUGCCGCUUUUGUUCUGUUUUAACAUGUUUAUGUUUGUUUUGCUCUUUGCCAAUUAUAUAUUGAGUGUGUAUUUGUUAUGGAAGUAUGAUAAAUGUAUUGGACAGUCUGGACACUCCACCUGGUUACUGGUUAGACAGCCUAGCCUCUCUUUGAUGGCACAGCCUCGGUUAGACAGCCAAGCCUUAGUUUGAUGGCCAAACCUCAGACAUCCCAAUCUAAGUUUGAUAGCAUUGCCUCAGUUUAACUGCCCAGCCUCAUUUUGACAGCCCAGCCUCAGUUUUCUUAGUUUUACAGCCCAUCCUUAGUUUGACAGCCCAGCCUCGGUUUGACUGCCCAUCACAGCCUCCAUUUGAUAGCUCAUCUCACCCUCGGUUUGACUGCCCAUCUCGGCCUCGGUUUGACAGCCCAUCUCAGCCUCGGUUUGACAGCCCAUCUCAGCCUCGGUUUGACAGCCCAUCUCAGCCUCGGUUUGACAGCCCAGCCUCAGUUUGAUAGCCCAGCCUCAGUUUGACUGCCCAUCUCAGCCUCGGUUUGACUGCCCAGCCUUGGCCUCUUGUUUGACAGCCCAGCCUCGGUCUCUGUUUGACAGCCCAGCCUCAGUUUGACUGCUCAGCCAUUCUCAGCUAGUUAAGAAUGUGUAUUUACCUUAGUUGGUUGAACUCUCUCUUCUACUGUAUUUGACUUUAAUUAACCAAGUUGGACUUUAAUCUACUCAGUUGGACUGUUUAUUCUUCCGGUUUAGACUAUCUUAAACUACUAAGUUUGGCAGUGUAUUCUACAAUCUUGGACUGUUUAAUCAUCAAAGUUGGACUGUCUGAUCUGUCUGGGUUGGACUGUCUAAUCUGUCUAGUUUGGACGGUCUAAUCUAUCUGGUUUGGACUGUAAUAUUUCAAGUUGGACUUCCUGUUUUGGAUGGUCUGCGUUGAACUGUUGUAUUACAUCUGGUUUGGACCAUCUAAUAUUUUGGGUUGGACUGUCUAAUCUGUCUGGGUUGCACUGUCUAAUAUUUUGGGCUGGACUGUGUGUAUGAUCGCCAUCCAACCUGUGGAUUUGGUGGAUCUGUCUUCUGACAAGAUAGGCACAAUGAAUUUCCUAAAUCUUUAUUUCAUAGGAUUAGUUUUAGCUGAAAUGAGUGUCAACUAGUUUAAUUAAAUGAUGCAAAUUUCUUUUGUUGAAAGGGUUCAUGGUAUUUUCAAUGGAAGUGGAUUGAGCAAAAAAAAACCUAUUAAAAAUUGCAAUCAGUUUCCAAUUUCUUUUUACAAUAAAACAAAUUUUUGCUUGGCAUGAUCUGUAAAACAAGUCUGCAGUACAGGAAUUUUUUUCACGUUCACAGAAUCUUCUAAAACUCAUCAAUUGGAAACGUUCUCUGGAUUGUUUUUAAUAAAAUGUAGCAAAUAUUUAUUCAGUUUCAUUUCAUUUACUUUAUAGUACAUAUAUCUUGUACUUAAUUUUUUAAUUAUUAUUAUUAUUAUUAAAAAAAAAUUAAUACUUGAACAACAAAUUAGGAAAAUGACAAAAUGUUACUGUUGUGGGUCCAAUAGUAGAUUAAUGCCAUUGAUACAGCUGUAAAUAGCUGUUUAUGAACUUUUUUUAAUUGGUCGUGUAAAAUGACGCAUAAUCAACUGAAAAUAACCCUGUUGAAUUGUAAAAAAAUGUUUAGUUAUUUCUUUUGCAUCUAAUAAAUAUUUGAAACAGUUUAAUGUACUGAAUGAAACAUUUAUCAAAAAUCAUCUUUCCAAUAUUAUUUUGAGGCAGUGAAAGCAGAUUAAUAUUUAUCUUUUGGGUUGACAUAUUAGCGACAUAGAACUUCAGCGAGGUCGUCAUAUCAGAAACUAAAAAACAAAUAAGCUUAAGUUGUAGGAUGAGCUGAAAUAAUGCUUUUGACGAAUCUUGACAGGAUGCAGCUUACAGACAUCUUGAAUUUAGUACAAAACUGAAGUAAUGUGCUUGCUGACUAACUAUUGUUGAUUGCUAUCACUUUGGUUUAAUUAAUAGUAUGUAACCAUUGUUGUGUCUUCAGUUAAUCACAUACAAAACAAUCGCAUAUAAGGUUUUCGGAACAGUCUGUUGGAUGUCUCUAAAUUUAGCAUCAUCAAAUAUUAGUGUCUUGUAUGGUCUCGCUAAAUUUGCUAACAUUUUAUGGUCGCUAACAUUUCCUCAUUUACAGUAUGGUGAUGGGUGAGAAAUUACACAGUAGAGCACGGGUCUUAUCAUCAAUGCAAAACCAAGAAACCAUAUUGAGUUAAUUGUUUGUACAACUUGUAGAGAUUCUAACCAUGUUGAAUUGUUUAGACAGUUUUUGCAUCAGGCUGUCAUUAAAUUGGAGGACUCUGAACCAAAUGCUGUCAACUUAAAUCUAAUAUAAACUCAAAUGUCAUUGUCGCUCCUCAAAAUCAUGUCAAUUUUUCCAACCAUUUGGUGACGGAUUAACUGAAUCGGUAUGGAAAAUGAGUAAGAUAUGAUAAUGAAAAUAUCCACUGGAGGUGGGUGAGAUGAUGGGGAGAAGUAUUCUUUAUUAAGACAUGAUGGUUUUUACCUAUAAUUGACAAAUUAUUUGCAGUGCACUGUAUAUAUUUGAAAUACAUGCACUAGCAAAAGCUCAAUUCAGAUUCUGUAAAUGCAAAUAUGUACAUUCAAAUGGGUUUGAUUUACAUUAUUGCAAUAUUGAUGUUAAAUAUUAAAACCUACGCAUUUACAUAGUGUAAAUUAGAAAGAGAAAUAGAAUAUUUUGUUUGUGUUUUGAUAAUAUAUUCAAUUUUACAUAUUUGAUUGAAGUUAUUUUACUAUUAUAAAUUUGAAUCACAAGUAGAAAUGAUUUGCACUUGUUAUGUGGUAAUGUUAUGCUUCUUAAAACAAUUUUCUCUCAAGCCACUGACUAGUGAAGCACAAUCCAAAAUAAAACAUUCAUAAAAAUAUAUUUUAAGGGCCAGUUAAACAGGGCAGUGGUAAUGGAAAGGGAUAACCAUCCUAACCAUCUUUCCCAGGAAUGUAUAAAUGGGAACCUGAUUUAUAUAUAUAGGUUAUUACUUAGUAUUAUUAAUAAAACUUCUUAUUUUUAUUUAUUAUGAGGGUGCAAUAUUUUCAUUUUUCCUUGAAAUUACUUUUAAUACUGCACUAAUGAAGAUGUUUGUGUAAAUAUUUGGAGCUGCAUGUACAUGUAUUGUCACUGGCUUUUAAAUGUCUCAUACAGAACCUCCAUGCUUCACACCUCAAACAGUUACAUCAGUAUACAAUACAUAUGAACAUUAUUUAAACAGGAAAAACAUUUUUCAAGAUGAAAAAUAGACAGGGCCGAAUUUACAAUGCCUGUUUGUCUUAUAUGCUUGUAAUGACAUCAUUUACAAUGCCUGUUUGUCUUAUAAGCUUGUAACGACAUCAUUUACAAUGCUGAAAUGCCUGCAUUUAAGAAAGAGGCUUUGUACAUUUGGUCCUGAAUGUUCAACUGUGUAACCAUGACUAAGAAAGCUGGAAAAUGUGGAAGAUGUAAUUAACUUGAUGCAGAUGAGGAUAAUGGACGUUGAAGGGAUCAGUAAAUAAACUUUGUAGUUCAUUACGAAAUUUUACUGAUAUAUCUAUAUAUAGAUGAUUAUCGGCAGGUAAUUUUCUUGGCAGGUAAUUUUCUUUUGUAUAAAAAAAAUUAAUAAAAAUGAAGUGGUUAACCAAAUAAAAUUAUCAAAUAAUAUGUGUUGGUUUUAUUUUUUAAUUGUUUUCUUUAAAAUAUUAUCUUCUCCGCAAAUGUGGUUAACUCUUAUAACAUUUUAUUUAUUUGUUGAUUUCAGUUAGUUAAGUCACAGAUAAACAGUGCUAAUAGAUUUUAACAUUAUUGAUAAGACAUGGCAAAUGCAGUUAUUUACACAAUUUAUAUUAGAUGCAAAUUUUUGUUUUCUAUUUUUGUUUUGUAUUUCUGUUUACCAUUAAAAAUUUCUAUUAUUGUUAUUUGCAAUUAAAUAUGAAAUGAAAAUAACUUAUCAUUGUAACAUCAUUUGAGACCAUCUUAAAGAGUAAACACCAUUCAACACAUCAAAAUACAGCAGUUGUACAAGUUAAACAUUGUUGUAGAUACCAACUGUUGUAAAUGGAACUUAUUAACCAGAACCAUAGGAAACACACUGUUUGAUAUAAAUGUUUUUCUCUUUUUCUUGUUUAAUUGAGAAAAGUGUAUUGGUCAUGGGAUAUAUUUUAUGUUUUCAGAUGUCAGCUUGGUCUUUGUAAACCAAAUAUUGGUUUUUGUAUGUAAACCAAACUACUGAGUGUAAACCAAACAUUGAUUUCUCUUUGUAAACCAUAUAUUGGUUUCUCUAUGUAAACCAUAUAUUGGUUUCUCUAUGUAAACCAAACACAGGUGUUUCAAUGUAAAACAAGCAUUGAACAGUUUCAAGUUUAUCUGUGACACUUUUCAGCUUCCAUAAAAUAUGAAUAAAAUGUAUAUUUUUUAAUAAUCA